AUGAAGGCAGCAUCUCUCCUUUCCAUUGUCUCCGCCUUUAUUGCGGUAACUGCUGCUUUGCCAGUGGCAACUAAGUCUGCUGCAAACUUCGAAGCUGUGAGUAAGAGACAAGGUUUCAAUGGCAGUUUAGGCGGUCACGACUGGUUUAUGGAGGAAGAUGAGAAUGAAGCCACCAAGACAAAGAAACAAGGCUUCAACGGCAGUCUAGGUGGUCAUGACUGGUUCAAGGAGGAAGAUGAGGCGGAAUCUACGAAGACGAAUAGACAAGGCUUCAAUGGUAGCUUGGGCGGACAUGACUGGUUCAAAGAAGACGAAAUAGAUGUUAACUAG